AUAAUAGAAUAACUUUAUUAGUUUAAUGAACAUUUGUGUUUCUUGAUUGAUGAAUCUUCUGAGUAUUUUCGCAUGUGAAACUUAGGACAACGUCAUCGCUAAAGAUAUAAAACAAUGUUCUCACUGACUCAUGGUCUGAAUACUGUUCCCACUGUGCUGAUCGUCAGCACUUGGUGCCGCAACAUACACCUUCUUUGCAAGAGACUUGGGGAUAUCGAUCAUGAGCACAUUUUUUCUGAGGAUGCAAUUAGAGUGUUGGGAUUGGCUUUUGAAUACCACAGACCCCGCAAGCCCUUGAUCACUCUCAAAGAUGUAAAUACUGUAGUUUGAAAUUUUGUCGAAUACUACAUCAAAUACUGUAGUUUGAUCACUACGUAAGGAUUCGUCGAAUACUAUAUAUAAUGAAAUUUUGAACUUAUUAUUGUAUAGUUAAUAACAUUGAAUAUUCGUCGAAUACUAGUUUACCAUUUAUUUUUUCUGUAUUCAUACAGGAUGAUGAUUUUGGCAAUGUUUUGGAAAAGAAGGAAAUAUUAUAAAAACCUAAUAGAUUUGACCCGUGCAAGGCAUGGAAGUAAUACUAGUUAAUCAUAAAUUUGGAACCAAGAUCCUCAAUCUCGAAAACCCUAGACUCUCCAAUUCGACGAGGACAAAAGAAGAUGUUGCGUUUCCUGGGAAACACUUUGGCUAAGUCUCCCCACAGAUCAAAGAUGGUUAUGAAGCAUGUGCAAGGGAAUUUGGCGCAAAGGAUUUUCGCCAGGAUUUGGGGAUUUCAUCCAUUGCCUCUCCCCCCCAUGUUCUCGAGGGUCAAGCAAGCUUUAGCUGUCUCGAAAAUUUAUGGAUACUGCUUUACAGCGACCUUUGGUGGUGCUGGAUUCCUGCUCGGCGGUGUGACAACAAGCCCCGUCUCAAAGGGGCUUCGGGAAAAUGAAGCGCUCUUCGUUGAAGAUCUCCAACGUCUGGAAAAAAUGGAGGCGAGGAGUUGGAAGUGGACUACCUCUCUUAAAGAGGAAACGAAGUGAUGCGCUUCGUUAAAGGUCUCCAACGUCUGGAAAAAAUGGAGGCCAGGAGGGGCAAGUGGAUUUCCUCUCUUAAAGAGAAAACCAAGUGACGGUAAUUGGUUGCGUCUGUUUGUUUCUGUUUUGUCUAUGUUUGCAGCCGUUGAUGAACACAUUAUCUGCCAAUCACUGUAAUAACUACUUCAUGGUUGUGUCUUAUAAAAUAUUUCUGUUAUAUGUGGCGCUUAGAUUGUGGCUAGAGGAGAAUUGUUUUGUAGAAAAUGAAAUUUCCACCCUUAAGAUUAGGUUU